AUGAAGUUACCCAGUUCUAUUGCAUUAGCAGUCUCCAUCCACUCUGUCCUUUCGUGUUUACUACCAUGGGCAACUUCAGAUCCAGUUUUCACUGGCUUCCUCCAAUGUCUUCCAAAACAAUCUCAGCCCACCUACCCAAUCUUCGAAGCCAUCUUCACCCAUGACAACACUUCAUUUCAGUCCGUUUUGCAACAUUACAUUAGAAACAGCAGAUUCUUGACCCCAACAACCCCAAAACCUUUGGCUAUUGUAGCCGCCAAACAUGAAUCACAUGUGCAAGCAACCGUGAUUUGUGUGAAACAACACGGGCUUCAGAUUAGAGUCCGUAGUGGUGGCCAUGAUUAUGAGGGUCUGUCAUACGCGUCUGCUGUUCCCUUUGUCAUUCUUGACAUGUUCAAUCUUCGAGCCAUUGAUGUUAAUCUUGCAAAUGAGAGCGCUUGGGUGCAAUCUGGGGCUACUCUUGGUGAACUUUAUUAUGAAAUCGCCAAUAAAAGUAAGGUUCAUGGGUUUCCAGCUGGAGCUUGUCUAACUGUUGGUGCCGGUGGCCACUUCAGUGGCGGCGGGUACGGACCUAUGAUGAGAAAAUAUGGGCUUACCGUGGAUAAUAUUGAAGAUGCAAAACUAGUCAAUGUGAACGGAACAAUUCUUGAUAGAAAGUCAAUGGGAGAUGAUCUUUUUUGGGCCAUUAGAGGAGGAGGUGGAGCAAGCUUUGGAGUCAUUUUGUCUUGGAAAAUCAAGUUGGCUCCAGUUCCAGCUAAAGUGACUGUGUUCAAUGUUGAGAGGACUUUAGAGCAAGGUGCUACAGAUGUUGCUUAUAAGUGGCAAUACGUAGCACCGAAGCUGCCUGACGAUGUUUUCAUCAGAGCACAACCGCUAGUGAUUUCGAAUAAAGGCAAAAAGACCGUGAAAGUAUCAUUCAUUGGUCUUUUCUUGGGUCAAAGUGACAAGCUUCUUCCAUUGAUGAAUGAAAGUUUCCCAGAACUGGGUUUACAGCAAAAAGAUUGUGUUCAAAUGAGUUGGAUCGAAUCGACUGUAUUCUGGGGUAACUACCCUGUUGGAACUCCCAUAAAUGUUCUACUUGAACGGCCAAACGGAUCUGGAUUUUUCUUCAAAGUUAAGUCUGACUAUAUAAAAGAGCCAAUUCCAAAACAAGGAUUAGAAUUCUUGUGGCAGAUGAUGCUUGAAGUAGAGAAAGUGAUGCUGCAAUGGAACCCUUACGGUGGAAGAAUGAGUCAGUUUUCCGAGUCAGACACUCCGUUCCCUCACAGGGCUGGAAACCUUUUUUUAAUUCACUACUGGAUUCAUUGGUCGGAAGAAGGGUCCGAGAUCGCCAACAAGUACAUUGACUUGUCAAGAAAAUUAUAUGAAGGAAUGGCUCCAUUUGUCUCCAAGAGCCCAAGAGAGGCCUUCCAAAAUUACAGGGAUCUAGACAUUGGCGCCAAUCUGCCUAACAAAACUAGCUUUCAGACUGCUGAGGUUUUUGGGAGAAAGUACUUCAGAUGCAAUUUUGAUAGACUCGUACGUGUAAAAACUGCGGUUGAUCCUCAGAAUUUUUUUAACCAUGAGCAAAGCAUCCCGCCCCUUUAA